GAAGCCUUCUGUCACUCUUGAAAAUCUCUUGAACCUCGCCAUUCUCACUAUCACUCCCUCUGUUGCCGUCUAUGGCUUCGUUACGGUCAUGAUGUAGUGGCAGACAUUUGUUUAGAGCGUCUCUUACUACUUCAUAAUGAGUAUCGCCUCUGGAGUGCUUCCUCGCGAUCGCGAGGGUCGGCGCGGUCCAAGGCUCGGUGAAGUGGUGAUGCCAUGGGUACCGAUGUCCGCGACCUAGGCAGGACCCGGCCUGUCAUCCAGUGUCAGCACUGGUGGAUGUCUGGAUGGUCCCCGAGUAUGGCUUGGUUUUGCCCACGGGCGUCGCCGGGCUUGGCUGGGACGACUAGAGAGGUGGACUCUUCUUUUCCACGGGUGCGGCUCGCCUGUGAUUUGUCCGGCAUUUCACUUAUUGCACCAAUUUUCUCGCGACUCGGCGGGAGACUCUUCGAUAACAAACACACGCCACGCGACCACUUUGUCACCGCACGCGUCACCGUCGGCGAAGACUACCAUAGAUUUUGAUACCAGUUCCCGAUGGACUACCAGAA